AUGGCACACUUUGCACAGUACUUCAAAGGCCCAAUGGCGGUCUUCUCAUCUUAUGCAGUGGCUAUCAAUGCUAGUGCCGUAGGUCUAUUCUACUAUGACAAGCAACAGGCCAUUCAACACAAGUGGCGUGUUCGUGAGAGUACCCUACACAUCACUGCCCUACUAGGUGGAUGGGUCGGUGGAAUGUUUGCCAUGGAGGCAUUCAAACAUAAGAGAGCAAAGCAAUCAUUCAAGAAUACAUACUAUGUAGCAGUUGGUGGCAAUAUAGUAUUACUUACAGGCUUUGCAUACUUGUUCAGAAAGAGUCCACACUUGUUGCCACCUUUCUUGAAGAAGUACUCAAGUAGCCAGAUGAUUCGUAGUCAGCCACAAACACUCGCUCAAAGAAUGGAGCAACAACAACAACAUCUACAAAGACAUGAUCAGUUUAUCGAACAAAAGAACAUUGAACUACAUCAACAAAGGAAACAACAAAGGAGACAUCAUCAACAACAACAACAACAACAAACUAAUGUUGUUGACAACACAGCAUCAUCAUCAUUCCAAGUCCAGGACCGACCGGACAAUGGCAAACAGCGCAACAAUAGAAGGAGGAAUAAUAAUAAGAACAAUUAA